AUGUUACAUACAAUUGUUACUAUCGUUUAUGAUCGCGGUACUGCCUUCACGUCGCAGGAAUUUCAAAAUUUCCUCCUGGAAAAUAACGUCAAACAUGUAAAGAUUGCGACCGGAUCGCCUAAAGCAAAUGGCCAGGUCGAAAGAGUAAAUCGCGUAUUAUAUCCCAUGUUAGCAAAAUUAUCCGAUGACGCCUCUGGUAAAUAUUGGUACAAGGUACUUACCGAUGUUGAGUUCGCGCUCAAUAAUACUGUCCAAAAAACUACAGGUGAAACACCGAGUCUGCUGUUGUUCGGCGUUGACCAACGCGGCAAUGUAGUCGAUGUUUUGGGUGAAUGCCUUCAGCACGAACAAAGUAAAGAUGACAGGAACCCAAAAGAAUUAAGAGAUAAGGCCAAAGAUAAAAUUAAUAAGUCACAAGAGUACAACAAAACGUAUUUCGAUCAAAAACGGAAAGAACCGUAUAAGUACAAAGAAGGUGAUUAUAAACCAUCGAUUACGCAAAAACCGUACACCGGAACAUGGGAAGCUUGCAAUAUAAGGCCUUGGCAAGUCACCGAAGGUCCAAAUUACAAUGAUGAUCACUACCACGGAAGCAGCGCCACCAUACGGAGUGACGGUGACGCCAGUUACGCAUCUCUGAUGAGAGACGCACGGAGAGGGGAACAGAGCAGAGAGACCUGA